GUUUUGUUUGCGAUUCGAGCUCCGAAACCCGAAGCUGAAGCUCAUUCACGUCGCUGUUUUCCGAGCCUGAUCUUAUGGCCGAAGUUUUAUAUCGUUACAAUUUCAUCGAAUUAUAAUCACGAUUUUCAUCGCGAAGUGUUGACUGUUGAUGUCUGCAAAUGAUGGCUUUGGAAAACUACUGGACUAAUCCGUAUGGAAAUCAUUGGCAUCCCACACGGCCAAUGCCUAUUCAAACAUCAUUCGAGAAUGGUUUUGUCUUAUACUCGGAACCUGGGCAGUUGCAAGAGUUAGCGUGCGUCGUCGCCUCGGCAUUUUUAUGGUAUCGCAGAAUAAAGGAAUACCCCCGUAAGAUGGAAAAUGGCGAAGUUAGCAUCCCAUGGUUCCACGACUUCGCUGCAGACGAGCAGCAUAUUUCAGACAUGGCGCAGCUACCUUCAAAUCUCAAGCAAAUGAUCAACCAAUGUUUCAGGGCAGUGAAGAACUCCUUCGCAAAGUGGUGCAAGUUUCAUCAUUUGAGAAUUUUUCAAAAUCGCCCGGAUGCGGGUCUCGAUUAUGAUUUAGUAAAUUUUAUUUCGUGGCGUGCCGAUGCAACCAUCGAUUGGACGGAAACUGCUGUAAAUUUGGUCAAGUGUGAUGUUUUGAACGACGAGGAAAGAUAUCGAAUCGCGUGUAUUUAUUGUUUGGUUGACGAUAUAGAAAGAUUAUGGCCGACAACUACGAAUAUCGAUUGUCUGCUGAUUAAGUAUUGGAAUUUUCGUAUGAGUGGUAAGCAGAUCACGAUUCGAAAGGAUUCCGAAUCUAGCUGUGUGGAAGCUAUUUUGCUGAAAAACUGCUGCGCUGGAACAUUAACAAGGUCAGCUUUCGAGUACCUUUGGCAAUUUAUGACCGAUGAUGAACAAGACCUAAAAGUUAUGGAUAUGUCAAAGUAUUCAAACGAUGAACAGUUGUUGAAGUAUGCAUUGCUUAAAUUGAACGGAAGGCAAUUAAUGCUUUUCAUGUCGGAAGCAUAUGAUGUCUUCGGGUGUUUAGAACGUGAUGAAUCAGCGACUUCCGUAGCGUACGCUUUGGUAAUUUAUUUGUGGAGUCGUGUUAAGGACAAGAUCACGAACGAUGCCUUUUAUGAAUUAAUGCGAGCGGCUUUGACUUAUGUUCAUCGUCAUGGUUUGGCUUUUGAAAUAUGGAACAGUGCUUCGAAUACGUUGAAAAAUUAUACCUUGGGUAAUCAUUUCGAUGAAAUAAUGCACUUACUGUUGAAAACCCCCCCUUGAAGGUUGGAAGGAUGUCAGGUUGUUAAUCGAAUCGUUUUCGUCGAGAAACGCCGACUUUAGACAGAGAACUUGGCGAGAAAACUGGAGUAGUAUCAUCACUGGCGUGUCUCCCGAGUACUUGCAACAAAUCAUGAAAUUGUGUCUCGGAAGUGAUGACAAUGUAGCGUCUUUCAAGAAAAUGCAUUUUUGUAAUUACGAUGAGAUCAAAUCCUGCUGCGGGUCGAUGAUGGAAGAUGGGAAUUACGAAGGCAUUAGCGAAUUUCUCCAGUUUUGUUCAGACGACCCCGAGGUCAUCUUCAAUUUGAGAAUGAACGUAUUGCAAUUGCCGAGACUGCUCGAGUACAGCCGUUUUCAUCCAACAAUACAGGAUACUUUCGAAACAUUUCUCAGCGAAAUGUUCACUGAUACGAAUCUGGUGAACGAGUUCAAAAGAAAUUUGAUUCUAAGUGAGGAAUCUAUGGUGUGUUUUAGGAAGGCCAUAAAGCUAGGUGAGAUCGAUAAUAUUAGUAAUUUGGUCGAUCGUGUAUCAUCUUCGAUGUCAGACUUGAAUUUAGCUAAAAGUAGAUUACUGGAGUUGUUUCGAGAUAUGCUAAUAUCAGCCGAAUUAGAACGGUUCAAGUUUCAAGGUUUCGGUAUUUCAGCCGUAUUAGAACGGUUUAGUGAAGGGGGUUGGAAUAAAUUUAUCAAGUGGUGUCUGCAUGACGAUGAUGAUGCGGUGCAGAAUUUCAAACUGUUGUUACCCGUCAAUCAGAUUUUCAAGACGUUGUUUGAUAGAAGUAUGGGGGUAAUGAGGCGACUUAAGCAAUAUGGGUGUAGAUAUGAGCGUUAUUUUAAACCGUUGGAAUAUUUCCUCCGAUGGAUUUUCAUGACUGAAAAGGCCGUAGAGAAUUUUAAACUUGGUAAACUUUUCGCUUAUAAAAAAGUGGAGCCGAUUAGAGUUGUACUCGAAUCUAAUGAUGUCACAUUGAUCGAUUCAGUUAUAGCAUGGCUUUGUAACGACAAUGUAUCCCAAAUUGAGAAAUUCAAGGUUUCCAUGUUUCAUGACUUGAUUAAAGCGCGAUGUCUUCAUUCUGGGUGACUUCAUGUGAGAUCGGAUGGUGGGUUACAAGGUGUCUACAAGGUUAUCCAAAGUAUUAAGAAGUCGUCUUUUGAGCCAAAAACUGAAUUCCAUUUUCUGAAAUCAAUCGAAUUUUUUCUUAAUUAAAUGUUAAUGUUUUAAAAUUGCAGGUACAUAUUACUAUAAUAAUUACUAUCGAAUUGACCUCUUAGUAGUUGGAAAUUUCCGUAAAUUAGUUGAAAAAUCAACGUAAAUAAGAAAAUUUCGCGAAAAUUGCUUACAAAUUUGUUGUAACGCCUUAAAAAUUGUUUAAAUCGGCUGAAAAUUGAUGAAACAUUGUAAAAAAAAUUAGCAAAAUAUUCCAAAAACGCUCAGUUAUGAAAAAAAUUGUACAAAAUUUCGAAAAAUAAUCCUUGUAUUGAAAUGAAAUGAAAUUGUGUAAAAAAUGAAAAUCGUAAAAGUAUGAUAGAAGCAACUUGAAAUUUACCGAAAAUCCAAAGAAUUUCCGUUAAAAACGUUUCAUCUACUUUGAAAAUGUGAAAAAAUGCGAAUGUGAUGAAAUUUUUAAAUUUUAUUUGCAGUAAUCAAUGCAUGUAAUUUUUGAGAAAGGUUGUCCAAAAAUGAAAAUUCGAUCAUCCAAAAGUCAUCAGAAGGCCAUUCUCUUUCGUUUUUUUCAGUUUGGUAGACACCUUGAACACAGAAGCGAAAUGAGUAGACAACUAGGUAACUAAUUGAAAAAACCAAAAAAAAAAAAUUGUUUAUUGCACGAAUACUCGAAGGUGAAUACUGAAUAAGUUUAAGUAGCAUGGCUGGGUAUUCGCUGAGAAUUACGUCAAGUUAGACGUGUGCUGAAAAGUUCCUCUUUGCCAAACUAUAACGAGUUGAGAGACAGUGGCCGGAUAAGAUCGUUGUUCAAAUUUUUUGUUUUUAAGCUGUUUUUUCAAUGAUUACAAAUCUCGGAUUGAAGAGUUCAAGGCUUCUUUAUCUUGAGACUCGAGUUGUGUAGGAUGGUCUGGGUGUGAUGUUGAUGUUCGCUAACCUUGAAUUGUUUUUUGUUUUGACUUUCUGUUAACACUGUUGCCUCGUUUUGAUUAUUGUAUGUGUAAGGUAUGUUUAUUUUAUUACUUAGUUUUUGUUUUGCUUUGUAAUUGAUCAAAUUUAUGUUUGUAUUGAUCGUUAUCGUACUGAAUAUAUAUUUUAUUGGAUUUAUCAAUAAUUAUGUUAUGUAAAAUGAAAAUACAGGCUGGGAGAUAUUAAGUUUUUUUUUUGGUUGCCUUUUGGAGUUUUUUCGGCUUGGUACUUGCUUACUAAUUUAUUGGAUUGUUGAGUAAUGAAAGAAUGGAGACAGCAAUAUGUCGAUGAACUGAGGGACCACAAGCAUAACCCACGAAAUUCUGCAGACUCUAAACAGAGAUUUUGUAAGAAGCUCCGUCAACCGAGAUCACCCGGUUCGUAGUUUUUUGGCUCACUUAUCUGAGUAAUUAAUGAGUGAUUCAGUCAAUUAUUUUUCUUUUUGUACUCAUGUAGCCAGACAGCGUGUCAGAGUAAGGCAAAGGGGUUCUGGUUGAAAAAAUUUGGCAAUUUUCUUCAAUGUUUCUUUUCUUUAAUUAUUGAAACAAUGGUUGGCCUAGAGUAAACCUAGAAAUGUUUCUCAUAAGUGAUAAAUUAAUACAUAAAGUGAUAACCUAACAAAUAACUACAAUCUGCAUAUGAAAUGAAAACUAAGGUAAAGACUAUCUCAAUGUCUGAAGUUUACAAUUCAUGUCUUGUGAGCCAGUAUCCUGUCUCCCAAGAAGUAUUGCCAGGUACUUGGAUAAAAAUCUGUAUAAAAUCUUAUUUUUUUAUUUUAUUUUUUUUGAAAAUCAAUGGAAAGUGUAGAGAUUUAAGUGCAAAUAAAAAAACUUAGUGAUAAAAUUUGAAUGUUCGUGUUCAAAACGCGUUUUGAACACUCGAGAUCAAUAAAAAAAAUUAUAAAAAACAGAAUAUUAUAAAAAAAAAAAAUUAAAAUUUUUCACUAAAAAAUUAAUCAUUAGAACAUGCAUCUUAGAAAGUAAAGGUAACCUUUCUAAUCGUUAACAGAAAAAAAAGACCCACGAAUCAUAUCAUUUAUCAUACCUACAGACUGAAAAAAAAUCGCUAGAAUCAAUCCAAAUAUUCCAAAAAAGAUUGAAAUUUAUCACUUGGAAAUUGAUCACUAGAACAAAUGAGUUAAAGUUACUUUCUAACCUUUAACAUCUCAUCUCUUUCAUUUUUUUUUGACCUGUGUAGGUACGUAACACUAACAAAAAAAAAAAAAAAGAUGACACAUAAAUCAUAUCAUUAAUAAUACAAA